CCCGAUCUCAGGCUGCCAGUAGGGCCAUAGCAGUGUCUCAAGGUAGUGGGAACAUUCUUCCAAGGUAAUGAUUAAGCUCAGUGCCUGACAAGGGCACAGGCAGCCAAGCCAAGAAGGUGAGCCCUAUUCACACCUCAGCCAGGCUACAGUGGCUGGGACUGGUUUGGGAAGGCAGGGCCUCAGGGAAUGAGGGCUCCAAGCUGGCAGCCACAGUGUCCCACUGCACACAGGACAUAUGAAAGCAUCUCAGGCGAGAGCCUCUGCUGACAGCUGUGCUGGGACCCUGCCCUUGCCCCAACACCAUGAAGCUACAGGUGUUCUGGACUGGGCUGGAAUACACCUGCCGGCUCCUGGGCAUCUCCACUGCAGCAGUGUUGAUCGGCGUGGGCACCGAGACCUUCCUCCGGGGGCACUUCAAAAGCUUGGCUUUCUACCUGCUGUGUCAGCCAGGGUCUCUGGCCUACAUAGCAAGGGAGAAGGCCCAGUGGCUGGGCUGCUUCCAGAAGUUCUUGGCCUAUAUGCUGCUGUCUGUGGCCUGCUUUCUCCACCCUGUGCUGGUCUGGCACGUGACCAUCCCAGGCUCCAUGCUCAUCAUCACUGGCUUGACCUACUUCCUUCUUAGCAAGCGUAAGAAGAACAAAGCUUCCCCUGAGGUGCCAGUCUCCCAGGAGCAGUACACAGACCCCUCCAGCAGUGCCAUGAGCACCAUCAUCUCUGGGGACACUGAGCAAACCUACGCCUUCCAUGGAGCCCUCAAGGAGGGGUCCAGCUCCUUCUUCACACACAUGAAGUACAUCCUAAAGGGGACCAGGAAACCCAGCACCCUCCAGUGCCCAGAUGCUCUGACAGAGCUGACUUUGGAGCCAGCUGACUCACUAGCCAAGAAGAAGCAGGUGCACUUUGAAGAUCAUGUGGUCAGGAUCAUCCCAGGCCUCAUCGAAGACCCAGACAAUGAGGACAGUGAGCCAGAGGAAACCACCUCUGACACCACCCCCAUCAUCCCUUCAUCCCAGGCUCCACUUUUCCUGCCUUCCCUCACGGACAUCAUCCUCUUCUGAGCUGCUUACUCAAGCCUUGGAGAUGUUUGGCAAGGGGCUGGCAUAGAUUAAUGACUCUGCCUGGAGUUUUCUGAUAUCUGUGGACCCUCCAGGGAGCCCAGGGUCUUUGUAGGUCAGCUCUUCAAGGUGUGACCAAACAUACUCCAAUGAACCUCUGGGGCCAUUGAGCAGCAUGAUACGUCCUGAAGCAGCCUUAAGGGAGGUACAAAUGAAGCCCACACUGCUUCAAACUAGAACAAGUUCUUUCUCCUGCACAUAGAGUGAGGAAAUCUUUGUGCUUUCCCCAAAAAGAUCAUCACUCCCACUUCACACAAGGCUGCCUCAGCCCCAGGAGAAGCCACCAGACUUCUGCUGCUCCUGACACAGGUCUCAACACUCAGCAAGGACUUAUGUCCAUCCCAUUUCUGAGACAACAUCCCAGCUCUGAAGGCCCAAGGAUGCACUGGCAACUUAUGCAUGUCAACAGACAAGUAUUGAAGGUGGCCGUGGGUCCCAACCUCCAAAUGAGAUUGCUCAGAUAGGGAUAAAAGGCCAGACUGCAGGCCCUUAGGACAGGGGAGUAGUGCCCAGCAGUGAGCUUCAUGCUGUUUGUGCUCUGGGGCUGGGGCUGGGGCUGGGCAGCAGGGGUCACAGAGCCACUGAGGGGAAAAAGUGCCACUUUUCUUACUGCAGGGAGAGCCAGGCCAGAUGAGUGAUGCUUGUUCUGAAAACACCACUGAGGCCUGCCUGCACCCCACCUCAUGAACUUUUCCAAGAUUCCAAGUAGAUGAUGUACACUAAAAGCUCCUGAAAGCCAAUGACAGCUUUCAGUCAUGAAUGCCACAGCACAAGAUGCAGUGCCUGCUAUACUCAAGGACCUCAGAGGUGGUGCCCUGAAGAUUCACCCAACAAAAAGAAUUGCCUCUGCCACUCUUAGAUGUCUGGUAGCAGAAUAGGUGAUAAAUAUAUGUUUGUUCGAAAUGGGAAGGAAGAGGAGGGAAAGAGGGAUGGUAGGAGGAAAGUGAUCAGGCAAGUUAGCUCUCUGCAACCACUUCAUGGAAGUGGGAGUUAACUCAGAUUAAGCAAAGAAAUUUGAAUCAGAUAUUCCUUAGUUAAAGGACUUGCAAUAUGUUUUCAUUUCUAAAAAGUGUCCUUUGGUCCACAGGGUUAUUGUAAGGAAGAGCAAACAUGCUCUUCUUCAUACACAAUCUGAAUUAAUGAGAAAUCCAAUCACAUGCUCCCAAGUUUGUGCGUGAGCAGACACCAAGAUCUUCAAAACAGCCCUCAGAGCACAUGCUUUAAGGUCUAGGUAAGAAAUGUGUGUUCAUUCUUGCGUACUUUUCAACAUCCCCUACAAGUUAUUUCACAAAUGUAUGGAAAUAGCCAACUAGAAGCUAGUAUCAUUUUCAUGCCUAAAGACAGCAAGUGUAUUAUCAUACUAGCAGAUCUCUUCCUGCAAUAACAGUUCUUUUGUAAACCAAGUGAAAAAGACACACUUCCAUAAGCCCUCUGUGAUGGAAGUAGUGGAGCUGUUUCUUUAACUGUCACUGAGAAGGGACUUCAGGAUCUGAGAGUCACAGUCAGGAGACAAUGAAUAAUAUGGAACGUGAGUAUGUAUAUAUGGGAAUUGUACCCAUUUCUUAAUGGGGUGGAGUCCUAGACAGGCCACAUGUGCACAGAAGGAGCCCAGGCUCUUGCACCUGUCAUGUGGAGAAGGGGAAUGUGAUGAACACAGCACAGAUGCAGCCAGCCUCUGCAGACCCCAGCGUUCCUGCUCUAUUCUCAGAAGCUUAGGCAGCAGAGCUAGAUGGGUGACCAGCUUACAUGCAAGAAGCACACCCAGAAGUAUAAUGUCAGAGCUCUCAGAUCUCAUUUAAUAAACAUUUCUGUAAACCCAAAAGCAUUGUUUUUGUUCCAUCUUAGAGGUGAAUGGGAAAAUGGGAGCUCCAGGUGAUAAGCUCUGCCUGUGACUCCGAGAUAUCUAGGCUUCCUUGUGCCUGACAUCAGUUAAGGGAGAGUCUGAUGCAGCAUUAGUGGUCCAAACAAUUAUGAUCUUACCAAGAUUAGCAAAGUACAGUUUUCAAACACUCAUUGCUG